CCAGCAGGGUUUGUGACCGCCUCUGCUGUGAUGUCACAGCCUGGUGAGGAGGGGGCUGCAGUUCCUCAGGAAACUGCCAGUAGACAAAAUCAUAAACAAGAGUUCCAGUUCCCUGGAACCUGAGUCGGGAGGCCUGCAACUCACUUUCUCCCUGUUUGCUGGCCCAGACAGUCCUGUGCUAGAGGGCUGGAUAGUAUGGUAGUGUGGUGGAUAAGGGUGCUGCCUCUAUCCACAACGCAGCCAUAUGCUGACUGAAAGAUAACUUUGUGUCUGGAAGAGCCCUCUGAUUUCUUACACUAAUGGCCUUACACAAGAUGGAGGAUUUUACAUUUGAUGGAACAAAGCGCUUAAGUGUCAACUACGUGAAGGGAAUUCUUCAGCCCACAGCCACCUGUGACAUCUGGGAUGAGAUCUGGAACUUCCAAGCCAAGCCUGAUGACCUGCUUAUUUCUACCUAUCCUAAAGCAGGAACAACAUGGACUCAGGAGAUAGUGGAAUUAAUACAAAAUGAAGGUGAUGUGGAGAAAAGUAAACGGGCACCGACUCAUCAACGAUUUCCUUUCCUCGAAUGGAAAAUCCCAUCCUUAGGAUCUGGUUUGGAACAAGCUUAUGCAAUGCCCUCACCACGGAUCCUGAAAACACAUCUUCCCUUUCACUUGCUGCCACCAUCCUUGCUAGAGAAAAACUGUAAGAUAAUCUAUGUAGCAAGAAAUCCCAAGGACAACAUGGUGUCCUAUUACCAUUUCCAAAGAAUGAAUAAAGCACUUCCUGCUCCAGGAACUUGGGAAGAGUAUUUUGAGACUUUUCUGGCUGGGAAAGUGUGCUGGGGCUCCUGGCAUGAACAUGUGAAAGGAUGGUGGGAAGCCAAAGACAAACACCGUAUUCUCUACCUCUUCUAUGAGGACAUGAAGAAGAAUCCAAAGCACGAAAUUCAGAAGCUGGCAGAAUUUAUUGGGAAGAAAUUAGAUGACAAAGUUCUAGAUAAAAUUGUCCAUUACACUUCAUUUGAUGUCAUGAAACAGAAUCCAAUGGCAAACUAUUCAUCGAUUCCUGCUGAAAUCAUGGACCACUCCAUUUCUCCAUUCAUGAGAAAAGGGGCAGUGGGAGACUGGAAGAAACACUUCACCGUGGCUCAGAAUGAGAGAUUUGAUGAAGAUUACAAGAAGAAAAUGGCUGAUACCAGACUAACUUUCCACUUCCAGUUCUAGUAAGGAAGAAAAAUAACUAAAAAUGUUUUAGUUUAUUACCCAGUAUAUUUGGGUAAUAAUGAAAGUUUAAUUCUCACAACAAAUGAUAUCAGAUUCUAAUUAUCAGAAUAGUUUAUUGUGUUUGCUCUUGUUCACUCUACUAAAAAAUUAUUUUAAAAGGCUGGAGGCAAGGUGGUGACAGGCAGCAAGGUGGCGACAUGGAAAGGGGGAAGCUCAAUAAAUCACUAGUUACAAUCCUGGUAUCAUUGCCAAUUAUCAUAUUUACAUUUUCUACAAUCAUGUGCUUCUUAACAUAUUGAAAAUGCUUCAUUCCUCACAUGAUAAUACACUAACAUUUUCAGAUUAAGUUUUGGUUCAAGUUAAUUUUUUUUUUUUUUUUGAGACGGAGUCUUGCUCUGUUGCCCAGGCUGGUGUGCAGUGGCACGAU